AUGGCGGACGCCAUGUUAAAGGAAGUGCUGCCCUGCUCCCGCAGGUUGGGUGACAAACCAGCCAAAAAGAAGACUGUCUGGUAUAAAACUGGUCAAGACCCCCUGAUACAUCCGGCCAACGACACCAUCCCAGUGACCAAGUUCAUCCUGCUGGGUUUCGCCUCCAUGGACUGGGAGAGCCGCACUUUCCUCUGUGCCCUUCUCUCCUCUGCCUACACUGGGACACUGGCAGGCAACCUGUGCAUUGUGUGGACCGUGCUGCGGGACUCCCACCUCCAACGCUUGCCCAUGUACAUCCUGCUGGGGAACUUCUCCUGGCUGGAGAUCUCCUAUGUCACAACCACAGUGCCAAAGUUGCUCUCUGACCUGGUGUCCCCCGGCCUCCCCAUCUCUUUCCCUGCCUGCUUUAUGCAGUUCUAUUUCUUCUUGUCCAUGGGGGCUACCGAGUGCCUCUUCCUCGCUGCCAUGGCCUUGGAUAGGUACCUGGCCAUCUGCCACCCCCUGCGCUACCCCGUCCUCAUGUCCUCACACAGCUGUUGGGUGCUGGCCUCCUUCUGCUGGCUUAUCGGCUUCCUGUGGUUCAUAGUGCCUGUUACCCUCAUCUCCCAACUCUCCUUCUGUGGCACCAACACCCUCGAUCAUUUUGUCUGUGACCCAGCCCCAUUGCUGGCUGCUUCCUGCACUCCAGCUCCCCAGGCUGAACAUUCCUGCUAUGCCCUGAGCUCCCUCAUAAUCUUCAUCACCAUCCUCUUCAUCCUGGCAUCCUAUGGGCUAGUCAUCAGAGCUGUGCUGAGGCUGCCAGCUGGGGCUGGGCGGCACAAGGCCUUCUCCACCUGCUCCUCACACCUGGCUGUUGUGGGCCUGUUCUACGGCUCUGGUAUGGUCAACUAUGUCAACCCAGCAGCCUCGGGGGCCAGUGGGAAGGUGGUGACUCUCUUCUACACAGUGGGGACCCCCCUGCUCAACCCACUGAUCUACAGCCUGAGGAACAAGGAGAUGAAGCAGGCUCUGAAGAGGACCCUGCUGGGGGAGCAAUUAGUGGAAAAGGAAACCAAAGAGAAUUCUAGUUUAAACUUUAUGGACAAAAAUAGAACUAGAAAUGUUUUAGUACCGUUAUAUAAGGCGCUGGUGAGACCCCACCUGGAAUACUGUGUG